AUGACCUUUACAGUGUCAGAAAUCACAGACUUGCGGAUUUAUCCCGUAAAGUCAUGCCGUGGAAUAUCAGUGAAAGCUGCGAAUCUUACAAGACAGGGCUUGGAAUUCGACAGAAAAUGGAUGUUCGUUGAUGGCAAGCGUGAAUUUCUCACCAUCAGGCAGAAGCCCCAGAUGACAUUGAUCAACACAGCUAUCGAUGAGGAAUCUGGCAAUCUUGUCAUCACAGUCGGCCACGAUGCCGAGAAGCAAGUCAAAGUUCCUCUUCGUCCAGACCAAACAUGGCUCGAUGCCAACACCCAAGAGGUCACGGUUGAUAUAUGGGAACACCUUACCGAUGGAUACGCAUAUACUGAUUCCAAGAUCAAGAAAAUAUUCUCCGACUUCUUUGAGGAAGAAGCAAGUCUAGUCAUGAAAGGUCCCGAACCGCGGAUCUGCGGUGGGAACGGACAUCCAAAGCUGCUCGGUCGCGAAGAGACUGUCAAUUUUCCUGACGUUUUACCUGUUCAAAUUGCAUCCGAAUCUUCACUCGCUGAACUGAACUCUAGGUUGGAAGCGAAAGGUGAAAAGGCCAUCACGAUUGAAAGGUUCCGACCGAACAUCAUUGUAAAAGGCGGCGAGCCAUGGUCCGAGGACUCUUGGAAGACUGUUCGCAUCAAUGGGGAUUCUUCUCUUUUUACCACAAUUACUGGCGGCAAUCGAAAUGCUCUGGACGUUGACGUUGUCGCCAGAUGCGCUCGGUGCACGGUGCCCAACGUCAAUCCCGACACGGCUGAGAAGCAUCCGAAACAGCCAUGGGAUCUGCUUGUUAGCUAUCGGAGAGUUGACGAGGGUAUCAAAUUCAAGCCCUGCUUUGGUAUGCUCUGCUGUCCUAGAAAUGAAGGCAAUGUUGAAGUUGGGAUGCGCUUCGAAGUCCUCGCUGAGACCAAGGACCACAAGUACCACAAAGGAUUCUGA